GUGUUUGAGGGGGUGAUUUGUCACUGCGACAACGGAGACGAAUGUCAGGAACGUGCAAGGACAUUGCAAAUAUUGCAAAUGGCCAACAUGUAUAGACUCCUAUUUCGGACUGUCUACACUGCUCGGCGGUCUUCAGUCAGUGUCUGUGAGAGGACUGUGUUUCCAGCUAAAUGUGACAAGGCGUCAGUUUUCAGGGUUGCAAAUGGAGGUGGAGUCAAAGCACUCAGCACAAGUUCAGUCAGGCUCUGUGAAAAGAAAGACAAUGUUGUCCCCUCAACAAAUGCAGAUGACAUGGCUGACCAAACAGAAAGUCCACCUUUGUCUACGCAGAAAGCCGAAGAUGACGGAAAAGUUGACAAUAUGGCCACACGAGUAGAGAAGCCAGUGGUGUUACAGAGAGAUGAUGGAGGCACCAUAAAGCAGCAGAUGGAUGUUAAGAUUGAACAGAUCAUAGCAAAGCCAAAAAAAGUAAAGACUGAUGGAGUGAAGAGUGGGAAGGAGAGUCUCCUUGACCUUCUUGGUACCAUGAAGGUGGAUGUUACCAAUAAGCGGAAACUGACAAAUUUGAAACCGCAGCAAAAUUAUUACACUACCCCCAAAUCAGAGCAAGCUGAGGUGGCUACGGUGGAGGCUUCAUCAAAAAAGAGUGAGACCCUGGAUCCUGAACUGGUUUCAGCUGCGUCUGCUGCUGCUUCCACUCUGCCUAACCGCAGCCAGGCCGAGUCAGCGCUGCUAAUGAAGCUGAGGCAGCAUGAGGCCAUUGCUGAGGCUCAGAAGAAGGGGAACAUGAACAACCUUGGAGAAAUUAUCGCUGACAUGAAAGUUACAAAGCUAAACAGACGCCAGAACACUGGCACAUACAAUCAGAUCCAGUUUGAUGAAGAUGGCCGAGGAUAUAAGCAGGGCGCAGGUGGUUUUCAGAUAAGCUUCUUGAGGGAGAAAAGACUUGACAUCUUCUCCCCUACUACUGGUGAAGAUGAAGUUGACUUUGCAGUUGCACGGCCAACUUUAUGGGAUAUGGACUAUGCUAAUUGGUUGUCUAAUUCGAUCAACCUCAUGCCCCGCAAUGGACUUGAGGAAAUGAUCCAGUGGACCAAAGAGGGGAAAAUGUGGCAGUACCCAAUCAACAAUGAGAUCGGCCUGGAGGAGGAAGCCAGUGUCCCGUUCCAUGAGCAUAUCUUCUUGGACAAACACUUGAAGGAGGGCUUCCCCAGUCAGGGUCCGGUUCGUCACUUCAUGGAGCUUGUGGUGGCCGGUCUUUCCAGAAACCCCUACCUCACCGUCCAACAGAAGAGGGAACACAUUUCCUGGUUCAGAGACUACUUCCAACAAAAAGAGGACGUCCUCAAGGAGGCUGAUGUUUACCUCAACUAAACUUAGGACAAUUAAAUUUCUUUUUUAACAUUAAUGCGAGGGACGUUUUUCUCAGGAGGGCUCUGCAGCUCCCCAGUUGUCUUCACUCAUCUAGUUGAACUUGUUCCAGUAGGAACAUGGUUUAGAUGUAUUGACUCUUUCAGGAGGCCUGCUAGAGUGGACUGGCAUAAGGUCUGUGUCGCCUUGUCAAACAUUGUACAGUGUCUACUGUUUGAAAUGUUGGUCAGACGGUAGAACUCCUCUUUAAUCACUUCACAUGAUGGUGGAGAACUGUGCAGAAAGGAAGCUUUGCUUAUACAAAGUAUACAAACAAUAUAAAAGCAGCCAAAAUUAA